CAGUGAGGGCUCGCGACUGCAGUUCGGUCUGACGUCCGGGCGGCUGCGCGUGCUGCCGAACCUGGCUGCGGUAUAUAAAAGCGGCCGGAGAUUCCAACGGUCGACCCGCUGAGAACCGUUCAAUCCUCCCGCCACCGGCACCGUCCCGUCCCCCGCUCCCUCCCUCACACACACGGUCCAGGCAGGGGAGACAGGAGGCGCGGGGGUCCAGUGCGAGGACCCGACCAGCAUGGACCCCCAAGCGAAGGACAGAACCAACCCGGCGACGACGGGGGGCUUCAGCGGGCGUCUGGCCUCUCUGGGAGCCGACGGAGGCGACUCGGAGUCCGGCGCCGGCUCGGAGGAGGCUGCGGUGGGCUGCUGCAGCGACACAUUCAGCAGCCUGCCCGACAUGGAGAAGGAGACUCUGGAGGAGAAAUUAAGAGGACUGGCGUUCAGAAAGCAGACCUCGUAUCGGAAAGCGAUCUCCCGGUCGGGCCUCCAGCACCUCGGCCCGCCACAACCCUCGCUGCCACCUGUGUCCAACGGGCCCAACAAGGAUCUCCGGACCUUCGUGGACUGGACGGAGAACGCGGUGAACGGGGAUCACCUGUGGAUGGAGACGAGUUGUUCAGGAGAGCUCUGUUACCUCGGAGAGGACACCUGCCUCCUGAAGACCGCAAAGUCGGCCCCCAGGAGGAAAUGUGCUGCCUGUAAGAUCGUUGUUCACACUGGCUGCAUAGAGCAACUAGAAAAGAUUAACUUCCGAUGUAAGCCAACCUUCAGAGAGGGAGGAUCCCGCUGCCUCAGAGAUCAGAACAUACUGAGACACCACUGGGUUCACAGACGGAGGCAGGAGGGGAAAUGUAGACAGUGUGGAAAGAGUUUCCAACAGAAGUUCUUCCACAGUAAAGAAAUCAUCGCCAUCAGUUGUUCCUGGUGUAAACAGGCUUUCCACAAUAAGGUGACGUGUUUCAUGCUGCACCAGAUUGAGGAGCCCUGUUCACUGGGGGCCCACGCUGGAGUCAUAGUCCCCCCGUCCUGGAUCAUCAAAGUCAGGAAACCACAGAGCUCCCUGAAGAACUCUGCCAGGAGGAAAAAGCGGACGUCUUUCAAACGAAGGACAAGCAAGAAGGGACUGGAUGAGUCUAAAUGGCGUCCGUUCAUGUUGAAGCCCCUCCCUUCGCCUCUAAUGAAGCCCAUCUUGGUUUUUGUUAAUCCCAAGAGUGGAGGCAACCAGGGUGCCAAGGUGUUACAGAUGUUCAUGUGGAUCUUGAACCCUCGACAAGUCUUUGACCUGUCACAGGGCGGACUGCGAGAGGCGUUGGAGUUGUAUCGGAAAGUGCCAAAUCUGAGGAUCCUCGCCUGCGGAGGGGACGGCACGGUGGGGUGGAUCCUGUCCACUCUCGAUGAGCUGCAGAUGAACCCCCAGCCUCCGGUCGCUGUUCUUCCUCUGGGAACAGGAAAUGACCUCGCCAGGACGCUCAACUGGGGUGGGGGUUACACAGACGAGCCGGUGUCCAAGGUUUUAUGUCACGUGGAGGACGGUUCGGUGGUACAGCUGGACAGGUGGAACCUGCUCGUGGAGAACAGUGCUGUGCAGCCAGAGGAGGGCACGCAGAAGCUGCCUCUCAACGUGUUCAAUAACUACUUCAGCCUGGGCUUCGACGCUCACGUCACCCUGGAGUUCCACGAGUCCCGAGAGGCCAACCCAGAAAAGUUUAACAGUCGCUUCCGCAACAAGAUGUUCUAUGCAGGAGCUGCAUUCUCAGAUUUCCUCCAGAGGAGCUCCAGGGAUUUGUCCAAGCACGUCAGAGUGGUGUGUGACGGUACCGACUUAACCCCUAAGAUCCAGGAGCUGAAAUUCCAGUGCAUUGUGUUUCUGAACAUUCCCAGGUACUGUGCUGGCACCAUGCCGUGGGGAAACACAGGUGACCACCGGGACUUUGAACCGCAGCGCCAUGACGACGGCUGCAUCGAGGUUAUCGGCUUCACCAUGGCCUCGCUGGCGGCGCUACAGGUCGGCGGUCACGGAGAGAGAUUGCACCAGUGCAGAGAGGUCAUCCUCACUACCUUCAAGACUGUACCUGUCCAGGUGGACGGUGAGCCCUGUCGAUUGGCUCCCUCCACUCUCCGCAUCUCCCUUCGAAAUCAGGCCAACAUGGUCCAGAAGAGCAAGAGACGCACCUCUGUGCCCCUGCUCAACGAUAUUCAGAAGGUGUGUGCAGCUGAUCUGCGCCGCCUCUCUGCUCCCCCAGACUCCUUCUCUGUUCCUCACGCGGUUCCAGAUCGUCUGCGUCUCCGAGUGAACCGGAUCAGCCUCCAGGAGUACGACCGGCUGCAGUACGACAAAGAGCGGCUACGAGACAUCUCCAUCCCAGUCGGCAUCGUGGUGGUGAGGGGCGACUGUGACCUGGAGACAUGCAGACUCUAUAUUGACAGACUACAAGAGGACUUACACCAGGCGCCAUCUACUGGCCACAGAGUGCACUAUCAGGAUGAGAACAGAGGAGUCCCCAGGACCAGUUCAACCAGUAGACUCUCUCCCAACUGGAGCUUCUUGGACUCCACGUCAGCUGAUCGCUUCUAUCGCAUCGACAAGGCUCAGGAGCACCUCCACUUUGUGACAGAAAUCUGCCAGGACGAGGUUUUUAUCCUGGACCACGAGGGGCCGGUGGUGAGCCAGGGAGCUUCUACGGGGAUGCCCGAUCUGGUUGUGGAACCAACCACUGGCACUUCUUUGACAUCCGAUGAACAAGUGCUGCUGACGGCUGCCAGCUCUGGGGAUCUCUCUAUGCUGUUGGAGUGCGUUCGUCGAGGCGUCAGCUUGUUGGUCAGAGACUCUGGAGGUUGUUCGGCCUUACAUAAAGCCGCCCAGAACGGACACACGGAGCUGGUCAGCUACAUCCUGCAGCAGGGCUCCAAGGUGCUCCUGGACUUGACAGACAGAGAGAAAGGAGACACCGCGUUGCACAAAGCAGCCUCAGAGAAGCAGCACGCUGUGUGUCGGUUGCUGGUGGAGGCAGGGGCGUCGCUGCAGAAGACCAACUUCCAGGGGAAGACACCGGCGGACCAAGCGGAGGGAGACUCUGAGCUCGCCACCUACCUGAGCGCCCAGCAGCACACGUCCUCGACCACCCGCGAAGACUUGGAGACGGCUGUCUGAGCCGCACACACACACGCACACACGCACACAUGCACACACACACACACACACACACACACACACACACACACACAGACGAACCUGCGAGAGGAAACGUGUACAAAAAGAAAAGUGGAUUUGAACCUGCGGACGGAGAGAAAGGAACCGGAGGAGCGACUCACAGCGCCACUGCAGUGGAGAUUUUAAUGCUCGACUAUUUAUUUGUAUUUAUUUAUUCAUAUUCUAUUUAUUGGUUGUGCUGAUUGAUCGAUUGACUGAGUGAUUGAUUGUAUCGGUUCAGGAUGCAAGUGCACUUUGAGCAGCCGUCGCGAGGUCGUUACAGAGCGGGAAGGCUUCGAUGUUUACCCCAUAAAACCUGUGUGCCAAAGACAUUGCACUGAUAGUGUCAUAUCUGCCCCCCCCAGGAAGGAUCCUCACAGUGGUCUCACUCUCUCACCCCCCCCAGGAAGGAUCCUCACAGUGGUCUCACUCUCUACACUGAGAGGCUGAAUUUGGUUCUUAAACUCUAACAGUGUUUAUUUGAGGCUCAGUUCGCCCUCAGCAAUCAUCAGUAUCCUGUUCUUACUGCGAGUCCACCAGGUUGCUGCUGUUGGUGCUCAGUGCUGAUUAUUGAUGAUUAUUGAUGAUUAUUGAUGAUAUCUAUGUUCUCAUAGCAAACGUACAGAUUUAGUUUCAUUGGUGUUGUAGUGGGGAAAAAAGUCAGAAAAGAAUAUGGAUAGAAAAAUCUUUCUUAAAGUAUUAAUGAGGAUAUUUAAUAUUAGUUUAUAUUACAGUCUUAUAAUAUAAAAUGAUAUCAAAUAACCAAACCGAUGAUAAAACUCCUCUGACUGCUUCACUGGGACAUAAAUAUCUAAUGGAGGUCAUACAACAGUACAGACAGACGGUGGCCAGAAGGAAGGACAAACACCUGAUUCACAGCUUCAGACAGAUAAAUAAUCACAAUAAGACUCAACUCAAAUAUUAAUAUUAAUAUUGAUCUCAGAAUGGAUAUUAAUCCGUUAACCAACAGAAAAUCAGUCUCAACUAUUUUGCCUUUUGUGUUUUUGUAAAAAUGCCAAAACUUCACAGUUUCAGCCUCAUUGAAAUAUUUACUGUUUUUUUUACUCUUUUAUGAUCAUAAAUAUCUUUAUCUGAUCGGUGAUCAGAGAUGGAUUAAUGUAGAAAGUAAUAAAGAUAAAUCAAUAAUGGGAAUAAUCUUUGGUUGCAGCUCGAAUUCACAGCGUAACACGACUAAAUCCACCACCACAAUCAGACCACAAUCAGACCACAAUCAGACCACAAAGAAAACCAACAGGAGUUCCACCAUAAAUCCCUGUGCAGCUGUUAUUGAUCCUUAUUGAUCGUUAUUGAUCAGCAGGUUGACUCACAGCAGACUCUGUUAAAAAAAAAAACAGUUUUAAAGCUUAAUCACUGACCCAUAACAUUCACCCUUUCACAGUGGGACAGUGUGUGUGUCCGGUACUCCCCCCCCCCAACCAGGCUCUCCACAUGCAGCUUGUGUGUGUGUGUGUGUGUGUGUGUGUGUGUGUGUGUGUGUGUGUGUGUGUGUGUGUGAGAGAGAGAGAUAAUAUUCCCCAUUCCAUAUCAAAUCUGAAGAGAAGAAGCUUCAAUCUGUUUUCUGUGCAGCUACAGAACUACAGACUGUGUGUGUGUGUCUGUGUGUGUUACUGUGUGUGUGUGUGUGCGUGUGUGUCUGUGUGUGUUACUGUGUGUGUGUGUGUGUGUGCGCGCGCAGCAUUUAUCCAAGAAGAGAAGAAGAAUCUGAGCCAUAUUCAAUGCAAUAUGAGUCUUAUUGUUUGCAUUGUCUCUCAGUGGUUUACAUUACAUUAAUGUUUUUACCGUAGUCGAGCGUUGAGCACCGAGGAGCAUCGAAUGUGCAAUCUUACUUCAGUGCUGGUUGGGGAUAGGAUUGUCUCGUUGUUUUUAUUGUUGUUGUUGUUAUGUUGUUGUUGUUGUUGUUGUUGUUGUGUAUGUCAGUGGAUUGAACUCAAACAACCCUGUGAGCUCUCUUCUGAUCAAACCUGUCAGUGAACAUAGAAAGUAGGAACCGCUCUCCCGAGUGUUUGUGGGGAAACAUUUGUCGGACGGAGCCGUCGUCAGAAGUCUGGCACUCAGUUCACUCAAACACGUGUUUAUGAAUCAUUCCUUCGGUUUCUGUUUGUGGUUUUUAUUCCACAGUAAAGCUGCAGGAGGCCGAGCAGCGAGCAUUCAUUCACUCAAGGUGCACUUACUGUAAAUCUCCCAGAGCUCUCAGCAGCUCUUCACUGACGUCAGAAGGUUUAAAGGAAGAGGAUGUUGAGUUCAACUGUCGGAGGGAAUCAUGAUCCUUUUUAUACAAAGUGCUCCCAUGAAGUCAAAAGAGAUUUUAAUUUCCGACAGUGACAAACAGUCUUUUAACGAUUUUAACAAGCUAGCUAAUCUAUAUCUACAUCUGAUAGCCACUGUUAGCUCAGUUACAGAAACAUUCCUGAUUAAAUACUUUUACUAGAUCUUUUCUUUUCUUGGUACAAAUAGCAGAAUGAAGUCAGUGUCACUUAAAAUAAGUAAAAGCAGUUUAAUGAAGAAUGUUUGUGACUUAUAAAACACCAGUUUGUUUUUCUUUGUAAUCGGUGCGAACACUUUAACGUUAAAUGAACGGAUCUGGUUUUAAUCAGGACGUUGAACCAUCCUGAUAUUCAGCUCCAACGUUAUUAAAGGUCCACUUACUACAUUUCUUCCAGAGCUUUCAGCAGCAUUUCAUAGAAACCUGAGCGGGUUAUUUCUGUGUAAUAUUUGUGCUGCCGGACUCCUGCGACGGCUCGCGCUGUGAGCCGACACCGAGACCUUCCUCUGAGCGUCUGCAGACGAGCAACAGACCGACUGUGUAAAUGAACUCUUUUAUGACUGUCGUAAUAAGCUAGGCCCGCUCUGAAUGACGUGCACACACGCUUCUUAUCACUCUUUCUAUUGAGUAGAAACUUUGUAUUAAACUGUGUCUCUCAUCAGCGUUUGGUUCUGCAUGGCGUUUUUCUAACCUUGGGAUUAUUUUCUGGCAUUAUUGUUGUUUAAAUAUUAAAUUAUUCUAGUUUUAAAGGAUUUCUACCUGAGUUUCCUCUUAGGUUGGACAUGUGUUGGUGUUUUUGUUUCUUUUGCUUUUGUAUUUCUUAUUUUUCUGCUGCUGCUGACGAUGAUGAUGAUGAUGAUGAUGAUGAUGAUGGGAUUACUUGAAGUUUGUUGUUUCGUUUCAUUUUAAAGAUGUUGCUGUAGUUUUGCCUCUGAACUUAUUUCCUAACUGAGUGACUGUUGGGGAAACCUGAGUUACUAAACUGAGGAGUUUCCUCUUUCUGAAACCAUCGACUGAUGAAGAACUCACUUCUUCACUUGUUAAUGUAAAUUUAAACAUUCAGAUAUAAAAAUAGUGAACACACAA